UUACAAGGACAUGGGGUGCAACCCGACCCAGUUGACUGGUUUUCUGGAAUCCGUGAGCAAAAAGGGAGAGGUGUCGUCUUUCUUGGGAGCCGCAGGCGCAAGUCAUGUGGGAGCUUUUGAAGAGUGGCCGCCACGUUGUCGCGUUGGAAGGGAACUCGGAGUUGCUGCAAUUUAUGAUGAACUUCGUCAAAAGCGAGGUCAACUCUGGGGCGAACCGUUGCAAGUUCGUGGUGAAGAAGGACAAACGAAAACGCAUUUGGGGCGCUUCCACGGACAUGUGGUUCAAGUUGAGUGGGCGGAAGAGAAACAAGAUCUACAAGUUCCUGUUCUUGGAAACGCGGCCAAAGAAGGAGAAUGAUGCUGAGUACGUGCGCCGCAAGGACUACUUAUUGGUGUUGCUGAACAACUACCACGGCGCAUCGCGCAGAAACACGAAGGCCUUCCUCGACACGUUGGAGUCUUUGUAUUUCGUCGAAUCUGACCAGGGUUUGAAGCACGACAGUUAUGCUGCCUUAAUCUCCACGGACGAUGAGGCAGAAACCGGUAUUGAGUUGGACGCCAAUUCGAAGGAGGAGGAGAGCCACAAUGAGAGCAUCGACCUCUGUUACGACCCUGUUCCGGUGGAGCGUGCCCCAGGGUCCUCGUCGGUCGGUCCAUCAUCAACCCAAACCCCCCACGUGCUACCGGUGCCCAAGGUGACCCCGGGCAAGACCCCGAUGAAGUGGUUCGGGAGACAGAGAACUCUCACCGGCGCCCCAACCACAUUGCUUUCUGGGUGUGUGGUUCGGCCGAUCAUUCUUAUUGGAAGGAUCACAACAUUCACUUCGAAGUGCCCCCUUCGACUGGGCCACUGGGGGUUCGGGGGGGCGCCUCCUGGCGGUGGAGGGGAUGGGAGUGACGAUGAGGGGAGUGGCAAGGACGUUCCGCCUAAUGGAGAGGGUGGGCCUCACGACGAGGCCAUGACAAUGGAAGGCGGUGGUGGGGUGAAGGGGGUGACCGUUGCUCGGCAUCCUCUUGCGGGCUGCAGUCCAGAUCAUACGAUAAAGCCCACCGACAUCCCAACUUUGUCGUACCUCGCAUCGGUCACCGGCUCCGCGAGGGAGAGGUUGGCCGCCUUGAUUGCUAUUGGUAGCUGCUCGGGAGCAGGAAUUCCUAUCACAGGCGGAAAGUCCAAGUCCGCUGGGAUCCAAACUAGACAGAUUGAGGUGCCAAGGCGAGAGUCGGUCGUGCAGAGCGUGUUAGGGGCAGGAGUGUCGAGUCUGGAUGUCGCGUCGAACUGCGUCGGAAUCCGCACUUCGCCUGGGGGCAGUCUAUCGACUCACAGUGGUAUUGUGCGGGACCGAACUGCAUCGACUGAGGGGGAGGGGCGGCCUGCGGGGUUGAAGCAAGAGUGUGCAAGUGGAGCGCACACCGACCUCGAGACGUCGAAGUCCGCCGGGAUCCAAACUUCAUCAGAAGGGGGUCCUCGAGCAGGGAUUAUCGUGGCAGUGAUAGGGGCUACGCGUGUCGAAGCAGGAGGGUGGUCGGCGGAAUUUGGCAAGGGUUCGGGGGAAGGGGCUGAAUUGCAUGGAAGGGACGAAGGCUAUGUGACACCCGCGGCCUAGGCCGCGGGCAAUUCGGCCGCCGAAACCGAAAAAGUCGGUCGCAGCCGCGGCCUC